ACCAUUUCCGGGUUGUGACGUCAGAUGAAUGUUUACGUUUCUGCAGCGGAGUGCAGCAUCUGUCGGAGUAGUCGGCCCUGUCCGUUGGAUCUGAGCGUCAGGAUUGGGAAGCAAAGUGAGGAGGCAGCUGCUGCCGGUGCAGCGAGCCUUGGGCACAAAAUGUCUGAAAGCCCAGAGAAAGGUGUCUCUCUGUCGGCUCAGGAGCUGAAGGAACAGGGCAACCGCCUCUUCCUGAGCCGCAAGUACCUGGAGGCUGCUGCCUGCUACGGCAAAGCCAUAAGCCACAGCCCCUCUGUUCCAGCGUACUACACCAACAGAGCUCUGUGCUACGUGAAGCUGCAGCAGUAUGACAAAGCUCUGGCAGAUUGCAGACACGCCCUGGAGCUGGACAGCCAGUCAGUCAAAGCUCACUUCUUUAUGGGCCAGUGCCACCUGGAGAUGGAGAACUAUGACGAAGCCAUUGGUAACCUACAGAGAGCUUUUAACUUAGCAAAAGAGCAGCGGCUGAACUUUGGCGACGACAUUCCCAGCGCUCUGCGGAUAGCGAAGAAGAAACGCUGGAACAACCUGGAGGAGAAAAGGAUCAACCAGGAGAGCGAGCUCCACGCCUACCUCACCAAACUCAUCCUAGCUGAGAAAAAGAGGGAACUGGAGGGCUGCAGACAGAAGCAGGAAGACAAAUCAGACGACAUCAGAAUUCAACACAAUGUGAAGUUGAUCCACACUAAACAUGACAAGUUUCUUUCAGACAUGGAGGAGCUGUUCAGUCAGGUAGACGAGAAGAGGAAGAAGCGUGAGAUCCCAGACUACCUGUGUGGAAAGAUCAGCUUUGAGUUGAUGAGAGAGCCCUGCAUCACUCCCAGUGGAAUCACCUACGACAGAAAAGACAUUGAAGAGCACCUACAGCGAGUCGGCCAUUUUGACCCGGUGACACGCACUCCUCUGACACAAGAUCAACUCAUCCCAAACCUGGCCAUGAAGGAGGUUAUUGAUGCUUUUAUUUUGGAGAAUGGAUGGGUGGAGGACUACUGACCAAUGAGACAAAGGGAGGGAAGUGAUUUUUCAUAGAUGGCCCAACCCCAAAAACCUUCUGAAGGUGUCACUUUCUCUCUUAUGUGUUUUACAGUCAGGUAACAUGUGAUGUCAUCAUAGUGUAUCCCUUUCUUUUAUUUUUUUAUUUUUUCACCCAUUUUUAAGCCUCUUUGACCAAAUCCCAACACCCUACACUCACAGGCUCCGAGCCGUGUUGCUGGUAGGUGUGUGAACGCUGUUGAAAGUUGUGAUCAUCAAACCCCCCCCCCCCUCCAACCCAAUUGUUAACAAAUAUUAAUAUUUUUCUAUAAAGUUUAAACAGAUUUUAAAAAAUCAAUACAAAGCCAUCUUGGAUGUGAUCGGAGAAUCACUAAGAAGUCAAUUUGUAAGUGAAGAACAUCCUUUCAUCACUUUUGUGGUAAUUUAUUUUACAGUUUUAGAGUUUAAAAAAAACAAAAAAAAAAGUCUUUCAGUUUCAUAUCCUAAAAUGAUUUACAUAAACGUCUUUCUUACUUUCAAUAGUUUGCUUCAAUAUAGAAACACUGUAAUGUAAGCCACACCAAUUCAUGUGUUUUUUUUUGGCAUCCUGUGAUGUCAUGGUAGUGCAUCCCAUUCAGUUUAAUAUCACAUCAUCUCAGCCCUCAAAGACACACACACACACACACACACACACACACACACACACACACACACACACACACACUCAUGAUAUCCUGAUAUCAUUAGAGUCCGUCAGGUUUAGCAGAUGUAAGGUGGCGAUAGGGAUUGGGAGGGUGUCAUGUGCUGAAGGAGCGAUUAAUCUGUCGUUACUUUAAAUCUGCAGCACAUUCAAAUUAAACUGCACCGUUAUGUCCUUUUGAGAAGUUCCCAAGUAAUUCUCAGAUAAAGAGGAUAUAUAAUACAAUUUAAAUGACAAUGAUGUAAGAUUUAAAAAAAAGGUCAACCAGCAGAAUGAAACAAGCAAGUUUAAGCUAAAAAGACCAAUUAGGUUUCAAACAGGGCAGUUUACCCCCAUAUCGUCCUGAUUUACAUUUACAGAGGAACUAAAACUUGAGAUUGACAAAGUGAGUUUUCAGUUCUAUUUUUCUCUAGGUCGCUGUGUGUUCGACCUUGACAGCAGAUUCAGUUUUUCAUCAUCUGAACUUUGACUGUACAAACAUCCCCUUUCUGUUCUUAUCUGUUUGUUCCAUAUGACUUUUACUUUCACCAGUAAGACCGGGGGCUACACGUUGUGUUUGUUUAAGGGGUUUUUUUCAUCAGCUGAGAUGUUUCCGGGCUGUCAUGUAAAGAUCAGAGUCUGAAAAUUGAGGUGACAAAACCAGCAGCUGCACACUGAAGAUUUAAGGCUGGCUGGUUUCAACUUCUGCUUUCCUGUUCCAGAUUUGUGUCGUUUUAAAAAUGACCUGUUGUUAAUCAGUAGAUGAAGUAAAAAAAAAAUCCAUGCUGCAGCUCUUAGAGUAAACAAACUGCUGGCUGACAAUCAGUUUAUGAAUCAAAACUGCAACGCCGGAGUUGCUCUUCGUUUUAAGUUUCAAUGUGGGAAAGUGUUGUGUUUGCUGGGAAAGUGUUGUGUUUGCUGGGAAAGUGUUGUGUUUGCUGGCAAACUAAAAGAUAGGAGAUUGUAACGCUGCAGCUAAAUAGAAAGGAGGCGUCCGAGAGGUUGAAAACAAGUUUCGGAUCUUUAUUUAAAAAUAUUUUUAGAUAACUGUCUUGUUUAGUAAGUGGUCUAUGGUGAUGCCUCUUUAUGAAAAACAACUGAGUUUGUUCUUAUAAAUUAUUUUGAGUUUCCUCUGUACAUUUUUUUAUUGUUUUUUUUUUUUUUUUUAAACUUUGUGUGUACUUCUGUGAAUGACCAGCAGGAGUGGUAAAAAAAAAAGAAAAGUUAAUCCUUAUUGGACAACAGCUGUAUUUCUUAUUUGUUUAAGCUUGUCUAUAUAAAUAUAUUUCUUUCUAUUCUAACUGACAAUUACAAAACUCCUUGACUCAAUCAAGUGAAGGUCUGAUUGUCUGCAUGUUUCUAAGAGACGGUCAGGACAACUCAAGUGAACCGAUGUACAAACUGACUUCAUUCCUUUGUCAGAACAGAAAGACUUUGAAUGAUCGAUCUUCUGCACCUUAAAAGACACAAUGUUUGAAACGUGAUCAAAUAAAUGUUCCAUGUUUUCUA